CGCCGCUGUUGCUAGGAGAUAAGCGGAUUCAGUGCUAAGCUGGCUAUUUUAUUCAGAUAUUCGCUGAUGUUUGGAGCAGAGCCGCUUGCUUGGAGAGCAGAGGGCAUGACAGGCACCCAGACUCUGUUCUCCUUCGAGCUGUUUGUGGAGAAAUUUCGCUGUGAUGCCGCUGGGACGGUGAAAGCAGAUGAAGUGAAGCCCGCGGUCGGAGUUCGGCUGCUGGACUUCCCAACGCUGCUGAUUUACCGUUCAGACAGACACCAGUCCGAACCGGGAGGCUUGACAGAACCCAGCGGGGGCAGUUUUUGCUUCAAUAAAGGCAAAUCGUGCUUGUUUAAGAUGAGUCUGGAUUCUCUCCACAGCCAGCUCUGCAACGCUCCUCUCUUCGUCAUGGUGCUGGAUGUAAACAGUGAGAUUCCCAAGCUAUUAGGAAGUUCACUGAUCUCUCUCUCAGACCUGACGGGCUCUAUCAAACUAGCCGUGGAAAAACACGGCAUUUGGACUCCAGCUGCUCAUGGGGAUAGAUUCAGUAGUCGUAUUUUAAACCUCAUGGGUGAAACUAUAGGAACUAUUUCACUCUCCUGCAAAAUUGUGAGUUUGGGAGCGAGUGUAAUUCCUCAUAUCUCUGAGAGCGAGGCCCGUGUAGCUCCUCCAAAGCCAAACACCACAAAAUGUGCUACAGUUGAAGGGAAUGUAAACAGUGGAACAGAUGAAAUUCAGCCACCGGGCGCUGACAGACGUGCUGGAUCAAAAACUCUUCAUGUUGCCACCCAAAUUGAGCAUCUCAGGCAGAGAGAUCCAGCAUCUCUAGACACUGAAGUGAAAUCUGACGAAUUGUGUGGCACUUUUUGUCCCCCUGCUCUGUUUUACAGUGCCAGCCAGGUGAAUCGACAGCGGAUUGCUGGUUACAGGAUGGAUGACCUUGAGGAACAUCUCAGGAUGGUGGAUCUCCAAGCCGAGGAUACAGACGAUGGGAGCGAGUCUUCCCAAAUGGAAUCGGCUGCUCAAAAACCAGUGAGGGCCAAAGAAGAUGGGUCACCUACCAAUUUGGGCCAACAGCAAAGUCAAACUGUGCCGUCCAUCCUCACGGACGCUGUCAGGCAGCUGCCUCUGCUCAGUGCUCUUCUUGCUGAACUCUCGCAUCUUAGUGGCCAGAUGCAGCCGCCAUUAUCAGGCUACCCGGUAAACUUCAUGUCCGCACGGGAAAGCUCUCAUAGUUCAGGGAAGCCGCAGACUGAGAGUCUGAAACUAGCUGGACCCGAAUGUAGACGAGGUAAUCAUCCAGGCCCCGCAUCUCCUCUCAUUUCUCCGGCAGAUGGAGAAAGCCACAAUGAAAGGUCACGACCAGAGCGCAAACUUCGGUAUGGCUUAACUCACAGCUUCCGCCUCCGACUUAAGCAGAUCAAGCCGGGCACGACAAGGCACCAUGGGUGCGUUGAGGAGCUCAAAAUGAGAAAGCGAGUUCCCAAACCUAAACCAGUUCACAGCCAGAUGUUCAAUACAUAUUUGGAUGCAUCUGAUGAAACACUGCCCAACAGGUCACAUUCACAAACAAGUCCUGCUCCUGGCAAGCAAAUGAAGCCGCCAGCAGUGAAAGACGUCCCUGAUAAGGCAGACAAAGAGGUGCAAGUUUGUGUUCCCAGUGCAAUCGGCCAGAACAUCAACCACAAAGCGUAUGAUUCAGUGAGCAACGGUGAACCUCAUGUAAUUCAAACCAGCCCUGACUUUUGGAGCUCCAUUCAAAGUGAUGGAAAGCCCUCCAGUCCUACUUACAGCUCAUUUUCCCAUCAUGACAGUCCACAGCCAGAUGACUACCAGGAUGAUUUCACCAGUCUGGACCCCACUGAUGCAUCACCAGACCCUCUCAGCAGUCCUGAGCCACGCAGACCUCCAAGGACACGACUCUCUAGUGGUAAUGUGAGCUCAGACAGCUUCUCCCAGGGAAACAAGCCCCAUCCCGUUCCGGUUAAAGCAGAGACAUCUCCAAAACGGUCCCUCAGAGCGACCCACUCAAUCAGGCCUCACCUUCAGAACUUCGCUUGCAGUACAUCAUCGGAUGACAGCAAGAGUGGCUUCUAUAGAACUUCUCCACAGAGGAACUCUGAAUCACACGGUGGUUCACUGAAGAGUCCAACAGUGUCCAGUAUCUUUGGAACACCAGUUGAAGAACGUCCUCAACAUCCUGAUGACUUCAUGCUGGAGUCUGUGUCCUCCACCAAUUCUGAGGAGCAGAGAGAUGAACUGGGUUCUCUAAGCUUUAAGAAUAAAUAUCGACCCAUCUCAGAGUUGGUGGUCAACAAGCUACCAGGCUACACUCUCUGACUAAUGAUGUAUUUCAGCUGUGCCGUGUUUAAUAGGACUCAACAGUUUCAGUUUAGUGAUGCAUGUCUUUAGGCAACUAUGCUCAUCAUGUAAAGCCUUUGUUCAUGGCAAUAAGUGCAUUUUGCUUGUAAAAUCAUUACAAUAUAUGGAAAUAAACAUAAACGGUAAGCA